UCCGGUAAACGUCCUGUGUAGCUUCCUCCCCCGUCUCCCUGACACACACCGGAGCCUCCUGUCGCUCUGAGAUAAUGGUGCUGAUCAGCAAUUGUCUCGUCUGUGAACUUACUGUCUGAUGCUGGUUUGUAUUGUGUGACUUCCACAAGAUCUUUACAGAUCAGUAGUGAGCGGCUCUUCUCUGGGCAGCAGGACAGAUCCAGGGGUUCACACACCCAACAUCUGUCUUCGUGCUUUCUCGUACUUCGGACUUUUCACUCUGACCAAUCAGACACGUUUGAUUAGCCCCACCCUCUUGGUGACGUCAGUGGUUGGUGAAACUUCAGCUUCCCACUGGAGAACAAAGUUACCUGUGAUGAACAAAAACAUGCACAGAGAGCAGCCAGUGCUGGAGCCAGCUAAUGAGAGAGCGGCGAGAUGUGGGGCAAGACAGAGCCAGGAAGAGCAUGAGGAGGAUAGUGAAGAGUGAGCAAGGGAAAGAGGUAAAGGAGCACUUGGACUGGACCGCCCGACUGUGGGGUCACAGCGGGACGGCAGCUCAGAGAAAGCGCAGAGCUGCAGCCACCUGAGUUGCUAUUUUUAGAUGCAGCCUUUGUAACAAACCUGCAACUCAAAGAGAAAAGACUGAACGUGUGCGAGUGGAAUAUCCAGCUCUGGAUCCACCCGGACCUUCUGAGGCCACACAGUGUUGCUCCUGAGCUGGAACGCUCCCUCCACCAGGACGCUGACAUUUAAUGCUCUUUCAUGUCCAUUGUGACAUUCUCCAGCUGUGUGUUUCCCCUGAGAUCCUCGACAGAUGACAUUUGUUUUGGCGCUAAUGAGCCGGUGCAGAAACGCCAUGCUACGCACAACACUGAUGUCAGAGAGCGUUUGUUGUCACUCCUGAUCAUCAAUCUGAUUAAACUGUGGUUUCCUCAGGAUGUGCAGCCUCCUUUCCCUCCUGGUCCUAAACCUUUGCAUCGACACUUGAAUGCUUGAGGUGUGUUCUCUGGCGUGGACUCUGGUGCGGUAGCUUGCUGUCCAGAAAUCUGCCUGGCGUCCCAAAAUUGCAGCUGAAACUUUCAAUUCAGAGCAAAUAUGAGGGAAGUGAGUUGGCUGGAGCGCAUGUUGGAGAGGCAGGGAGAAAGGUGGGGCUUGAGGCAGUGCUAGAGAGUGUUCAGUCCUCUGAAUCUGACAUCAUCUGAUGAGUCCAGUCAUCAGCAAUUUAUCCUCACAGAUUUGAUUUAACUUGUGUUUGUGUGAAGGAUGAAAUAGGUUCCACCAUUGCGUGAACAUAUACAUACACACACACACCUUGGGCUUUUAGCAUCACUAGUAGAAAUGUGAUUCAUUGGCUCAUUGGUCUUGAGGAGGCGGGCGAUAAACUAGUGGUGGGGGGAGGUGAGGGUCCCCAGACGGGAGCCGGUGGCCGUGGUGAUGUAAUGAUGCCAGUGAUGGCCCCUCCCCCCGGGGACAUUGCCAGGAUACUAAUGAUGGUGCUGUAGACGCACCUGAGCUUUUGUUGUUGUUUUGCUGCAUUACAUCAUGGUUGGAGGGCUCCAGUGAUGAUGUCAUGCCCUCAGCCUAAACCCCCCCCCCCAACCCAAACCUCCCACUCACCUCCCCCGCUGGCUCUGGCGCCGCUCCACCGACACACUCUUUGUUGUUUAGAUGGGAUGUUGGGUUAAAAUGUGAGUUUCUCAUUUCCAUAUCAGAGUUUCAAAACUGCUGUCGAUAAAUGUGUUUGAGCUGUGGUCCGAUCAUUUUGUCUUUGUUCAUGUUUAAAUGGCUAUUUAUCUUAUCAUUCAGUCUUUAAAUUAUUCUCUCAAAUAUGAAAAUAUGUAGUUUGUUUUAAUAAUUGUCGAUAGAAAUUUCUAAUGUGUUUAUCCGCUGCACAACUGAGGGCUGUGAUUUAGCUUCAGUUUGUGCAGCUAUUCAUUCAUCUGAUGGCUCUUUAUAAAUGUGCCACACUUGUUUAGUGGAAACUGUAUUUUUAGACUACUUAUGACUGUCAUUUCCUCCUCUGGUCUCCUCUGUGCAGGUGAUGUAGUGUUUUUUGUGGAAACUAGUGUCAGUGUCUGCAGACGUGGAGUUAGCAACUGAUAUCGGCACCUCCAUUGUCUCCUUUGCUCUUUUCACCUCUUUGUUUUUCAUGUGCGCUCGCUCUGUCGCUUCACAUGCUGUCAUUUGAAUAUCUCACACACAAACACACACACCAGCUGAGCGAAGGUGAAGUGCAAUCACUGCUUAUUUUAAACUCCCCCUCCCUCCUCCGCUGCGCUGUGUCUCGCUGUCUGGGUUACCUAGGCAACUGAAGCCCUGGAGGCUGCUGUGUGUAAAGUGGUGGGGGGUGUCGUUGCCAUGGCUCCACAGCUGAGUGACAGAGUGACAUCAUUGUCUUCAUCCCUCUGUCUUCCCUGAUGAACUCGUCUUCUGUCUCAUCCUCUCCGAAGAGGAGCGCUUCCAUCUCAUUAGUCACCAUGGUAACCGCCUCCAGCCUGCUCUGAUGGCUGACCGUCACCUCUUCUCUCCAACCUUCCACCGCGGCUGUGAUUGACAGCGAUGUGAUUUGACCCACUUUUGCAAAUGUGUUUGAUGUUGCUUUGAUGAUGAGAGCCCUCGACCUGUGCAGGUGUUGAGCCUGCAACCGGCUGCGUCCACACGACUGUGAUUUAACAUCGAAGCACCGGUCUCAUUUCUACUGCAGCCAUUGCUGUCACCCAGGAAGCUCCUGUCCUUCUCUCGUGUCUUUGGUUUGUCUACAGGACUAAAUAAGUUUCCUCUUUGUUCAUCUUUAUCAUCUGUCAGGUCACCUGAGGGACGAUGGACUUGGUGGCAUUUUAUGAUACCCGCUGAUGAACCUGAUCUGAAGAAUGUAGAUUUCAGAAUACCGUUGUUGUUGUUGUUGCCUCAUUGGUUGUGAGUUUGUUUAGUGGGUCUAAUGAAUCUCAUCUGUGAGACACCUGGUGACGAGCCACCACAACUAAUAUAAAUUACCAAAAAUGAAAAUGACCUCACACUGAAGCAAUAACUCGAGUUUGUGUUUCUGCUCAUGGGUCUGAUGAGUGUGAAGCCUCACACAGGUGUGAGGUGUUCAGUCGAUUUAGAGUGACGACAAAAUGGAUGAGCUGGUGGUCACAGCUGGAAAUGUAAGGCAACGGAGAUGAGACGGUUUCUAAAUGUGACUUUGUGCUUGAAGUAUCAUUGAAUCGAACAUUUCUAUGUCACCGGCUUCCAAGAGUUUUAUGCCUCCUAGAGAUCACUCUGCAGCCUGAAUGGGAAAGCUUCCAUAGAAAGUGCAAGUGAACCUUGCAUUGCGGGUUGUUUUCUGUGUGAGUGACUGUAGUGUGUUAGCAUUGGGAAUUUUUGAGUUUCUUGUUGUUUUGUUGUAGAGUGUCAAUCUUUUUUGUGUGUUGUGUGAUGAUGUGACUCAUAAAGGCAGAUUUUGAAUUGACUCAUGAGCAAUUGAGCUGAUUUAUGGAGGUGAAGAGAGAGACCGGAGGUGGAUGGUUUCAGUCAGAAUGGAAUGAGGUCUUCAACCAUCAGAAACAAGCUCACAUUAAAUGCGCGAACGAUUUCAAACGUAGCUGUGAGCAAGAACUUGACUGUGACUGUGAAGGCCACCAGGACACUGAGGGAAGCUGAGGGCAGGGAAGUUCAGCGACUGGAGACCAAAGCAGAGUUCUUUUAUUUCUGCAGCAACACAUGCAAAUAACUCGUGCGAAGGAAGUCAGAACUCGACUCCUUGUCUGGUAUCCACUGUAAAAAAAAAAAAAAAACAAAAAAACUGGACUGUGACGUCACCAGAACUGGACCUCUUCUCUCUGCUGGGGGGCGUUAAACCGCCGUCACUAUCAGGCAGGAAGGGGGCCCUUCCUCUCCCCCUCCUCCUCCUCCUCGGCAGCAGCAGCUCCCUCCCCCUCCUCCACCCCUGACACACAUCCUCCUGCUCCAAACAAACCUCUGGCUCCAUCACCGCCGCCGCUCCGCGUCUAAUGGUGCAUGAAGGCGUUUUCACUCCGGCGUCAGCCAUUUCUGCGCUUCUGAGUCCCGACAUGUCCGAGAGAGGUUCGGGGGGGAGAACCGGACCCGGCAGCCGGGCUCGUGUCUGCUCGUGAGCCGCUUGUUGUUUUUUUUUUUUUUCGCGGAUUUCGGGGCUCGCAGCAGCGGAGCGUCUCGCAGCUGUCGAGCCGCGGGGAGGGGAGAGGGGCCGGGCGGCGGUGCGCCGACGAUGGGGGUCUUUCCUGCCGCCUAGAUCCGGAAUGCUAACCCGGCGGAGCCUCCGUCACCAUGAAGCCGUUAGCGUCAGCGUCGGACACCAAUGGAGUCCAGAGCCAGCAAGAGAAACCCUCGCUUCCCGCAGACUUCAGCAGAAUUCACCUGGCCGACGGCCUGCACCCACAGGUGACCCACGUCUCGUCCAGCCACUCAGGAUGUAGCAUCACCAGCGACUCCGGAAGCAGCAGCCUGUCAGACAUUUACCAGGCCACGGAGAACGAGCCGGGCGACAUGGACCUGAGCGGCCUGCCUGAGACGGCGGUGGACUCUGAGGAGGACGAUGACGAGGAGGACAUUGAGCGAGCGUCGGACCCACUGAUGAGCCGAGACAUUGUCCGGGACUGUCUGGAGAAGGACCCUAUGGACCGGACUGACGACGACAUCGAACAACUCCUGGAGUUCAUGCAUCAGCUGCCGGCAUUCGCCAACAUGACGAUGUCAGUGAGGAGAGAACUAUGUGCCGUCAUGGUCUUCGCUGUGGUGGAACGAGCCGGAACCAUCGUCUUGAACGACGGCGAGGAGCUGGACUCGUGGUCGGUGAUCCUCAACGGCUCUGUGGAGGUGACGCACCACGAUUCCCGGACUGAGAUCCUCUGUAUGGGGAACAGUUUCGGUGUUUCGCCCACCAUGGAGAAGGAGUACAUGAAGGGUGUGAUGAAGACCAAAGUGGACGACUGCCAGUUUGUCUGUAUAGCCCAGCAGGACUACUGCUGCAUCCUCAACCAGGUGGAGAAAAACAUGCAGAAGGUUGAAGAGGAGGGUGAGAUCGUCAUGGUGAAAGAGCACCGGGAGCUGGACCGCACCGGCACCAGGAAAGGACACAUCGUCAUCAAGGGCACCUCGGAGCGGCUGACCAUGCACCUGGUGGAAGAGCACUCGGUGGUGGACCCCACCUACAUCGAGGACUUCCUCCUCACCUACCGGACCUUCCUUUCCAGCCCCAUGGUGGUGGGCAAGAAGCUGCUGGAGUGGUUCCAUGACCCGAGCCUCAGGGACAAGGUCACUCGGGUGGUCUUACUCUGGGUCAACAAUCACUUCAACGACUUUGAGGGCGACCCCGCCAUGACCCACUUCCUGGAGGAGUUUGAGAACAACCUGGAGAAGGAGAAAAUGUGUGGCCACCUGCGGCUGCUGAACAUCGCCUGUGCUGCCAAAGCCAAGCCGCGUCUGGUGACACUGACCAAGCCCUCCAGAGACGCACCGCUGGCCUUCAGCCUGUUAGGUGGUCAGGAGAAGGGCUUCAGGGUCUUCAUCGAUGCUGUGGAGCCUGCGAGCAAGGCAGCGGAGGCCGGACUCAAGAGAGGAGAUCAGAUCCUGGAGGUGAACGGCCAGAACUUCGAGAACGUUCAGCUCAUCAAAGCCAAUGAGAUCCUGCGGAACAACACUCACCUGUCAAUCACUGUGAAGACCAACCUGCUCGUUUUCAAGGAGCUGCUGACCCGACCCGAACAGGACCAUGAGCUGGACAUUGAGGACGAGCAUGACCGGAAGAAUGGGGCGCCGCACCUGCCCAAGAUCGGGGACAUCAAGAAGGGCAGCCGGUACUCCAUCCCGGACCUGGCGGUGGAUGUGGAGCAAGUGAUGGGUCUGGAGAAGGUCAGCAAGAAGGCCAAGAGCAACAGCGUGGGGGGCCGCAACAAGCUGAAGAAGAUCUUCGACAAGACGCUGACCAGCAUCCUCCCUCCAAAGCCGUACAACGAUGUGUGCGUGGGUCAGUCGCAGGACGACAGCAUCGUGGGGAUGAAGCAGUCCAAACAGAUCCCACCGGCGCUGCCCGUCAGUGGCAACCUGUCGUCGUCCAACCCCGACCUGCUGCAGUCGCACCACCGCAUCCUGGACUUCAACAACCAGCCGGUCCCAGUGGUGCAGAACAUGUCGGACCAGGUCCUGCGGGUCUUCAAGGCCGACCAGCAGUCUCGCUACAUCAUGAUCGGGAAGGACACGACUGCCAAGGAGGUGGUGGCUCAGGCCAUCCGAGAGUUCGCGCUGACCGCCGCCCCCGAGGCCUACUCCCUCUGUGAGGUCUCAGUCACCCCCGAGGGGGUCAUCAAGCAGCGCCGGCUCCCGGACCAGCUGUCCAAGCUUGCCGACCGGAUCCAGCUCAGCGGACGGUACUACCUGAAGAGCAACAUGGAGACGGAGACGCUCUGCUCGGACGAUGACGCGCAGGACCUCCUGCGGGAGGCCCAGAUCUCGCUGUUGCAGCUCAGCACAGUGGAGGUGGCCACCCAGCUCUCCAUGAGAGCCUUCGAGCUCUUCUGCGCUAUCGAGCCCACAGAGUACAUCGAUGACCUGUUUAAGCUCCGCUCCAAAUUGGGCUCAGCCAGCCUCAAGCGCUUCGAGGAGGCCAUCAACCACGAGACCUUCUGGGUGGCCAGCGAGGUGACACGGGAACCCAACCAGCUGAAGAGGAUGAAGACGGUGAAGCACUUCAUCAAGAUUGCGCUGCACUGCCGGGAGUGCAAGAACUUCAACUCCAUGUUCGCCAUCAUCAGCGGUCUGAACCUGGCACCGGUCUCCAGACUUCGGGGCACAUGGGAGAAGCUUCCCAGCAAGUACGAGAAGCUCUUCAGCGACCUGCAGGACCUCUUCGACCCGUCCAGGAACAUGGCCAAGUACCGGAACGUCCUCAACAACCAGAACCUGCAGCCGCCCAUCAUCCCGCUCUUCCCGGUCAUCAAGAAGGACCUGACCUUCCUGCACGAGGGAAACGACUCCAAGGUGGACGGGCUGGUGAACUUUGAGAAGCUGAGGAUGAUCGCUAAAGAGAUCCGGCACGUGGGCCGCAUGGCGUCGGUCAACAUGGACCCUGCGCUCAUGUUCAGGACCAGGAAGAAGAAGUGGAGGAGUUUAGGCAGGUCACUGAGUCAGGGCAGUGCUGCCAACGCCGCCGUACUGGAUGUGUCGCAGAGCGGUGGCCACAAGAAGAGGGUCCGCCGCAGCUCCUUCCUCAACGCCAAGAAGCUGUACGAGGACGCGCAGAUGGCCCGCAAGGUCAAACAGUAUCUGUCCAACCUGAGCCUGGAGACCAACGAGGAGAGUCUGCAGACGCUGUCCCUGCAGUGCGAGCCCUCCAUCAGCACCUUGCCCAAGAACGCCGGCAGCAAGAGACCCGAUACCUCGCCGGUGGUGUCCCGGGCUGCCAGUCAGCAGAGGGGUCAGCUGUCCAAAGGAAAAGAAGCUCUUCAGGUUCCAGCUGUGGCCCUGUACCCCUCCAGGAAGAAGGUCCCUGUCAAAGACCUGCCUCCUUUUGGCACCAGCUCACCGCAGUCACUGAAGAAGAUUCUGUCUCUGUCGGAGGAAGGGGGAGGGGAGAGGCACCGCCGGCAGCCCGAGGACGCCGUUUCCAACGCCUCGUCCCAGCUCUCCUCCCCGCCCACCUCCCCCCAGAGCUCCCCCAAGAAGGGCUACUCUCGGGGAGGGGAUGCCUACUCAGACUCGGGUCACAGUGAGAUCUCGUCCCGGUCCAGUCUGGUCAGUAACUUCUCCUUCGACAUGGCUCAGGAAGACCGGAGGAGUCGCCUCUCCGGGGACGUCCACAUUGGAGGGUCCAGACUGGAGCGCCGGGCCACCACCGACCCUGAUCAGUACAGUCUCGGGUCGUACUCGUCCAUGCAGGACUGUCGCGGGAUCUACGCCGGAUGCCCCACGGUUCUGUCCUCACCCAGCUCAGAGGAGCUGACCCAGGAUCAGGGUGACCGGGUCUCUCUGGACGCUGCCGACAGUGGCCGAGGCUCCUGGACGUCCUGCUCCUCUGGCUCUCACGACAACAUCCAGACCAUGCAGCAGGGCCGCAGCUGGGAGACACUGGCAUUUGGAGGGGGCGGGGGGCUUGGAGGACUUCCUCCAGGUGGACCGGAGGCCUUGCUCGGGGGACCCGCGGCGCUGUGGGCUGCUCAGGCCCGGGGCAGCUGGGCCUCCGCCAGCUCCUCAUCCUCGGCCGCCUACUGGGGCGAGGACUCUGAAGGGGACACAGGCACCAUCAAGAGGAGGGGAGGGAAGGACGUCAACGCCGACCCUGAGACCAGCAGCAUCACGUCCACGGGCUCCGAGGACGCCAAACACCUCGGGAGACCCACGCCGUCGCCCAUCACUGCUGGAGGUCGGAAGGAAGGUCGAUACCGGGAGCCGCCGCCCACUCCGCCGGGCUACACGGCCCUGACCAUGUCUGACGUCGCCGAGGGGCAGCACGCGUCCUCGCCCCCGCCCGCCCCCGCCGCCAGCCACACAGGGCGCCGGCCGCCAGACUAUACCACGGCCCUGCAGCGCUCUCGCAUGGUGACCCAGUCACCAGACUCCCACCAGAAGCAGCGAGCCGCCGGACUCCACCGCACGCGCUCGCCGGCCGAGGACGAAGAGCCGGAAGAGGAGGAGGAGGGUGAGUGCCGUUCUUCAUCACUAGUCGUGGCUCUGCGGACACCCGAGACCAGGCCCUGAUGGUGUGGGCGGGGCCAGGCGGCAGACGACGAACAAGUCUCGGCGGUUUGACCGACGGUGGUCUGAGUGACUUUGGUGCCGAGUUGGCGGGACCGACGAGACGGCCCAGCAGAACAUUCAACGUCAGUGGCCUCCACGGCGCCCCCUGCUGACCGCCUCGCUGCCUUAAAGCGUCUGGCGGCUUGAGUGGCCUGCAUGUGAAAUACUGUGACGGAGGCGGGACUUUUGGGUGCGGGGCGGCUCGACCGGAACCACCUGACUGACCCAGAGACACACAUCAUCUGCACUUUCUCAUUUUCUACUUUCUAUGAACUCGUCGGAACGAACAUGGGUUUGGACGGACCACGAGGCUUUUGUAAGAACUCUGUUGCACUCUGAGGGGGCGGAGUCAGGGUGGCGGGUCACCGGGCCGAUGAAUCCAGUAUUAACUCUGAGGACGACUUCGUCACGAGCCACACGAUCAAACAUUUCUCAAGAAAAGCACUUUCAGCACAACCAACGGCCCUUGUUGCCACGGCGACCGCUCACUCUUGUUACAGUCAGUCCCAGAACCACCUGAUCAAACCGGGUCAGCGCCACUGGCUGAGUCACAGUCAGGUGACCGAGGGUGGCAGCAGGAGACGUUUUGAUUGGACGAUGUGAAGAAGCACAAAGAGCUGCAUUGUUGUGUUUUUCGCCGACAAUUGUGAUGUGACGGCGGAAGGUUCUGGAUCCAUGAACGUCUGUCAGUCGAAACACCUCGGCUGAAGUUUUCCUCCAAAGGUUUCUGGCAGAAGUGUCAACAUGCAUCGCAACAGUUUUGAAUGAAGCCGCUGAUAUCAGACGUGUGAGGCUUCAGUGCCGCGCUUGACUGAACACAAACACACACACACACAGACAGCUGCCUUCAAACACGCAGCAGGUACACGACUGACUCGUCGGGGAGAAAAGCACAUGACCUCACAUUUACUCAAAGACGAGCACAAGCUGACACUCACCUGGUCCACACACACAGCAAGUGAUCCAGACACACACAAACACACUGGGACCAACCCUCAUAAAUGAACCACCAGACACACACCACGCUUCCGUCUGAGUCUCAGUCGGUCGCCUCACCCGGAUCUGAACCCAGAAUGUUGAAGCGCCUUACACACGACAGCCACAGCCGUGGAGCGGUCGCAGGCUUGGGAGGUGAACUGCCUUACUCACAGACGUGACGACCGACCGUACCCCCAUCCCCCUCCCCACCGGAUGCGGACUUCAACACUGUUGACUGUGAUGAAGGACUCUUGAGGCUCGUGUCCCGCCCUGAUCACAUUGAUCAGUCCCUGGAACAGUGGCGAUGAUGUCCCUGCUUUCACGUUGUGACGCCGCAGACGGCCUGUGAUGAGGAUGAGGAGGAUGAAGACUCGACAGCUGUUUAGGUAGACGGUGUGUGUGUCGCUCUUUGACCUGUAUGUCUUUUACAAAGACACGUGUUGAUCCUUCUUUUGUAUUUUUAAUACAACAAUUGUACAUA